GCAUGACAAUACAUUUAAUUUGAUACCUUAUUCACUUCUAUACCUUUAGUUUUAAGGAAGUUAUGGUAAUUUUCAUACACAUAAAUUUUCAUAUUGAUCCCCAUUGGUUUUCUAUUGUGUUGAAACAAAAGUUGUGAUCGAGGAGAGCCAACGGCAACUGAAGAACAAAAAUGCUCAUAACUUUCUUCAGGUGUGCUCAUGGUCCUAAAAAUCUAGAAUACAUGCCCAUGCCAUAGCUGUGACAUGGAGCGACUGGCACACCGCUCAAGAGGUGUGCGGGCCAAUCACCUCGCAAAAGCCGUCAGUUACCAUGGCAACGACCUGCUGCAGUAUGUGCAGGUGGAGCAGAGCACCCACUUUCUCGCCACGCUGCGGGAGACCGGGGUGAGGAUGCAGUGCGACCGCCCUGAGAAGCCGCCUCCAACCAGCGUAAAGGGUCGGGACCUUCGCUGCCGAGUGCUGAAGUUCAUCGCGCAGAAGAGCGACGUUUUGUUCACGCAGCAACAGGUGGCGCCGAGUUCGCAGCCGAGCCGUGACAACGAAGAAGAAGACUUCCACGCCGUAAUGCCACCGCUGGAAUCGUACAUGGGCAUAUCUGACAUGGAUCAGAAACAGCAUUUCUUCCAGAGUGUCCAGUUAGGCGACGUGCUCGUGUGCAGUGUGGCUGCCAGACAGGAGUCGGGCCUGCAACUCUCCGUCCUGUGUACAGAUGGCGCUACGAGCAAGCGAAGCAUAUGGGACGUCGGCGUGAAGGUAUUCUGUCCCAUGAGCGAGGUGAUGCUGUCCUCGUCCCACGAAGACCCGUUUGACACGUACGAGAUGAAGGCCUUCGUGAGAGUUGUCGUCGUCAAGGUAACGCUUCACUCGGAGAUGCUCGUCGUUUCGAUGAAGCGGGAGUCGCUGCAGCGAGCGGGCCGACACAACGUGAAGCUGGUGAGAGACACGGGCGGUUAG